AUGGAAGGAGGAAACCAGACCAGCAGCUUUGAGUUCUUACUCUGGGGACUCUCAGAACGGCCAGAGCAGCAAGGUGCCCUCUUCCUAGUGUUCCUGUGCAUGUACCUGGUCACUGUGGCCGGCAACCUGCUCAUCAUCCUGGCCAUUGCCACUGAUGCCCAUCUACACACUCCCAUGUACUUCUUCCUUGCUAGCCUGUCCUGUGCAGACAUCCUUUGGGUCUCUACCACUGUGCCCAAGGCCCUCAUGAACACCCAGACCCAGAGCAGGUCUAUAUCCUAUGCGGGGUGCAUGACCCAGCUCUAUUUCUUCUUGACCUUUGGGGACAUGGACAGCUUUCUGUUGGCCACAAUGGCCUAUGACCGCUAUGUGGCCAUCUGCCACCCUCUCCACUAUACGAUGAUCAUGAGUCCCCGCCGCUGUACCCUUCUGAUCACUGCCUGCUGGACCCUCACAAAUCUUGUUGCCAUGACCCACACCUUCCUCAUAUUCCGACUUUCCUUCUGCUCUAAAAAAAUCAUUCUGGACUUCUACUGUGACCUGGGACCUCUCAUGAAGGUGUCUUGCUCUGACACUCAGGUCAAUGAGCUUGUGAUGCUCUUUCUGGGAGGCACAGUCAUUUUAGUACCUUGUAUACUCAUCCUGAUCUCUUAUAUCCGUAUUGUUACAGCCAUUCUCAGACUUCCCUCUGCCCAGGGGAGGUGCAAGGCCUUCUCUACCUGUGGGUCCCAUCUUGCUGUUGUUGCCCUAUUCUUUGGAACAGUCAUCAGGGCUUAUCUGUGCCCCUCAUCCUCUUCCUCCAACUCAGUUGAAAAGAAUACAGCAGCUGCUGUGAUGUACACAGUGGUGACUCCCCUGCUAAACCCCUUCAUUUACAGCCUACGGAACAAGGACAUGAAGGGAGCUCUGGGGAAGCUUCUCAGGGGACAAGUCUCCUUUUUGAGGGGCCAGUAA